ACCACCACCACCACCACCACCACCACCCCACUCCCUCCCCAGGACUCACCAACAAGGGAUCAUGGGUGGCUCAUCGUCCAAGCAUUCAAAGCUCUUUGACAAACUCUUCGCAAAUGCCAUCGAUCUCAUCAGGCAGUCGGCACACUCGCACGAGCUGGAUAGGGUAAUGGAGGCGGCGAUGGAAGGCGAUACAGAGGCGGUCGAGCAGCUGCGCCACGAGCAGCAGGAGAAGGCCAUGGAGAUGAAUCGGGCGGUGCUAAUGGAGCUGUGGAACGAGUUUGAUGAAAAUGGCGACGGCGUACUGUCACGUGAGGAGAACCGGAGGCUGGUUCACCAGUACCUCGUCGCCUCCAAGAUCCACCUGCCCAAGGUCAUGGAGGAGUCGCUGCGGGUCUCGAUGGAGCUGGGCCUGAGCGCGAUCGAGGCCCAGGAUCCAAGCAUGGCGCAUGACAUGCGCAAGGAGCUCAAGGCUGUGAUGAAGACCAUCAAGAAGGAUUUGACUGCAGGCGUGGUCUCCGUCCUCGACGAAAUCCUAGCCAACGUCGACGAGACCGCAGACGCCCUGCUUGCCGAGAUGGACAUCGACGGCGACGGCCAAGUCGACCGCGAGGAGUUUAUCACCAAGUUCCUCGCCGCCACCUCGGCAGUCAUCAAGCCGGAGCGGUUCCAAGCGGCCACGUCGUCAGCCAUGGCUGCUGCUAACGAGGCGCUGCACGGCGAAGAGUAACUCCUCACCGACGAUGUACUCGCUUCACCCUCAAGCGGCUUUCCUUCAGCUUUAAAAUCUACUUCUCAGCC